AAGUGAUAGUUCAGGCGCCACAUACAGAGCAAGGCACGUUUGUAAGGAGUCCUUGGUUUUGGGUAGAAAGACUUCCAUUCACUCUACCAAAUAAUGUUCCUGAACUGAAGAGACUGGGGUUCAUUUCUGCAAUUACUUCUAUGCUUGGAAGAUCUCAUAUGAUUUAUUAUUAUUUUUUUACUGGACCCUGAGUGAUACAGUAGGAGCUGUAUUACUGCUAGUCAUUGGCAGAUGUGGAUAAAGUAUCUACUAAGGGAGAAUAUUCAGAUCAGAGCAGCUGGAGCAAGAGAAAGAAUUGCCCUGGGAGAGAUGCCAUCAGCACAUGUUAAGAGAGAAUUCCAUGACGGAGACUCACACUGUUCAACAUACACUGAAGGGUGGGCCAAAGAUGUCCUUCCUAGCAGUUACAAGCUCCCCAACACUCCCAGUGGUGUUGAUGCUUCUGGUGGAAUAAUGUUAACCAAUGAAAAAGCCCAUUUUUGGUCAGGAGGAAUUUCACGAAGUAUGUCUGAAGGAAAUCUGUUUGACAUGGAAGCCCAAAAAUCCUCAAAAAAUUGUGAUAUUACAGAUCCAGGUUUGCCUCUUGAUUGGCCAGAGGAUUUCACACUUCAUGGCAAUAAUGCUUCCAGUGCUACAAAUCCAUUCUGGAAUGAACUGUCUGCAUCAAACCCAUUUUUGGAUGAUAUAACUCAGCUAAGAAAUAACCAGAAGAGAGAGAAUAUUUCUAUCUUGAAGGAAGAUCCUCUUCUUUUUUUUAGAGAAAUAGAAACUGGAAACUCUUUUGAUUCCUCUGGUGAUGAACUCGAUGUGCAUCGGUUGCUUAGGCAGUCUUCCUCAAGGAAAUCUGGAAGAUCUAAAAGUGUUUCAGAACUUUUGGACAUUUUGGAUGACACAGCACAUGCCCAUCAGAAUGUACAUAACUUUGACCAGAUCUUAGAACAAGACUUAGAAUGGCUUCAAAAUGAUCGAGAGGCUUAUAAAAUGGCUUGGUUAAGUCACCGCCACCUUGCCCGUUCCUGCCUGGAUUUGAGUACAAUUAAUCAGAGUCCUGGAUGGGCCCAAACACAAGUUGCAGAGACUACAGUACUUUGCAAAUUAAACCACCAAGGAGGGUCAGUACAAUUACCUGAAUCAGAUAUCACUGUUCAUGUGCCCCAGGGCCAUGUAGCUGUGGGAGAAUUCCAAGAAGUAUCUCUAAGGGCUUUUCUAGAUCCUCCACAAAAGCUUAACCAUGAUCUUUCAUGCACCAUAAGCCCACUGUUGGAAAUCAUGUUAGGUAACCUUAACACAAUGGAAGCCAUUUUGCUGGAGAUGAAAAUUGGGGCUGAAGUGAAAAGGGAUCCUUUCAGCCAAGUCAUGGCAGAAAUAGUGUGUUUACACAGUCUGGAUAAAGAAGGCCCUUUCAAAGUAUUAAACAACUGCUACAUUUAUAAAGACACCAUCCAGGUCAAGCUAGUAGACUUAAGUCAAGUGAUGUAUCUAGUGGUUGCCGCACAAACUAAAGGUACUCAAUCACCAGCUGCCACCAUUUGGGAUUAUAUCCACAAAACAAUUUCAGUUGGAAUUUAUGGACCCAAAUAUAUCCACCCCAGUUUCACUGCUGUUUUCACAGUUUGUGGACAUAGUUAUAUGCCAGGAAAGCUUACUAUCUCUGAUAUUAAAAAAGGUGGGAAACCCAACACAUCUCCAGUUGUGUUUCAGCUCUGGGGGAAGCAUUCCUUCUUACUUGAAAAGCCACAAGAUUUAAAUAUAUCUGUCUUAUCAUGUGAUCCUGAUUUUGAAGUAAAAGCAGAAAGAAAAAGGAAAGAAGUUAAGCAAAAGCACUUGCAAUCAGGUGAAGUAGUUCAUCAACAAUUUUUCUUCUCUUUAGUUGACUCCAGAGAAAUGCACUUGUUUGUUUUCUGUGUUAAGGUGGAGCCUCGCAGUGGUAGGCCAAUUACACAGUUCUUUAUAACUUCACCUGAUCCAGCUCCGAACCUAAAAAGUCUGUCAAAUCUGCCAAGUGAUUUGCAGAAGAAGAAGGAAAUCAAAUCUUCUCCUCUAUUACCAACUGUGCAUGUUAAAUAUCCUACAUUUCAAGACAAAAAAUUGAACUUUACCAGCUAUGGAAUAACCCAGAAGACAGUGAUAAGACAAAAUAAGAUUGAAUACUUACUUGAAUAUUUCAAAGGGGACACAGUAGCUCUUCUUGGAGAAGGUAAAGUAAAAGCCAUUGGACAGUCCAAAGUGAAAGAAUGGUAUGUGGGAGUCCUGAGAGGUAAGAUUGGACUUUUACAUUGCAAAAACAUCAGGGUGAUUGCAAAGGAACAAGUAAUGUCUAUGUCAGAUAAUGUCUUCACAACCCAGAAUCUUCUUGAACAAAUUACCCUGCCUCUUAAAAAACUGACUUACAUCUACUCAGUUGUCUUGACCUUGGUGUCAGAAAAAGUGUAUGAUUGGAAAAUUUUAGCUUAUGUCCUAGGCUAUUCACAUCUGGCACUAGAAGACUUUGAUCAACUACAAGCAGACAAAGAAUCAGAAAAAGUUGCUUAUGUUGUAAAGAAGUUAAAGGAAGAUUGCCAUGCAGAUAGAAAUGCCAGGAAGUUUCUUUAUGAACUUACUGUGGCUCUGCUGAAGAUUGAUUGCCAAGGAUUAGUAGUGCAUCUUGUUCAAGAGGCUGCAAUUCUGACUUCAGCUGUCAAGCUUGGGAAAGACUGGAGGGAACUAGCUGAAAAGUUAGUGCGACUCACAAAGCAACAAAUGGAGGCAUAUGAAAUUCCACACCAAGGAAAAUCUGGAAAUGUGGCUGUAGAGAUGAUGUGGAAACCUGCCUAUGAUUUUCUUUAUACUUGGAGUGCUCACUAUGGAAACAGCUACAGAGAUGUGUUACAAGACCUACAAUCAGCUUUGGACAGAAUGAAAAACCCUGUGACCAAACAGUGGCGAGACUUAACUGGAACUUUAAUACUAGUGAAUUCUUUAGAGGUUUUGAGAGCAACUGCAUUCUCCACUUCUGAGGAAGUAUAGAAAUAAAGGAUACGUUUUUGAGAGGAAGGAGUAGAGGGAGAAAGGGGUGUAUGUGUGAGAGAGAGAGAGAGAGAGGAAAAGAAUCUCAGAAAAGUAUUGCUUUUAAGAAAAAAAAAAGUUUUUCCUGGUGAAAACAUAGCCUAGCACAAAAUCCAAGGAUGGGUUUUAUAAUCAAAUAUGUAUUUUUGUGUCUCCCUUUCACAUGCAAACAGUAAGCUGCUUUAUUGUUGAGAAUGGAAA